GCCCAACCUCGCCAAAUGUCGAUAGGCUCUACUUUGACUCUCAUGUGGAGAGAGACAUCCUUGGGAUCCGAACAUCGAGCUUUCGCUGCUACAAUGACGGCGAGGGCGACAAUACAUCCACUGUGAAGUGGAGAGUGCUUUCGUAUAGCUGUGAAAGUUACUGUCCUGCUGAGCCCCUUAUCCAUUUCCAGCAUGUCAGCACACCCAUCAUACAUUUAAGCAAACGAAAUGUUCCCCCAACCUACUGAGCGGAGCAGCUCAAAAUCCUCAUCUCGGGCCUGUUCGUUCACGCCGCCAUCCCAGACUACUUCCACCAGCUAUUCGGCACAUCCGAUCAGAUCGAAGCCGCCAUAGCCGCCGACGAGAACAAGAUCCGCAACGCAGGCUUCGACGUUCCCUCUUUCCAGACCAACGACACCGACCCUGGGACUGGACUGAAGUGGAUCGAGGACAAGCUUCGCUCUGAGUGUUUCGAUGGGAUAAUGAGCGGCUCUGGGCUAAGAAUUGUUCCACCGCAAACGGCACUGUUUGAGAGUGUGGCCGAUAUGGACAGGAGAGUGAGCCCAGACGCUGUAUUCAUGUUCAAUAGUGGGCCUGGGACGAAUUGGGAAGUGCGGCAGAGAAACUUGAAGAGGCUGCAGAGAUUGUGGAUCGUUAUUGGGAACGGAACUCUAACGUUACAAUGUGCUUUGUUCUCUCUGGUGCGCCUUCAUGCUCCAAUACGUUUACUGGAUGUCGUUCUGCUGUGAUCCCAAAUGUGCAGUACGUCGACAGUUUGGCUACCUCCAAGCUGCACGAUCGAAUCUA